CUAUAUCAAAAUUAAGAAUUAUUUUUAUAACCGCAAAUGAAUUUUAUAUAGAUAUGGCAUUACCGCAGAAAAAGUAUUACCGACAAAGAGCACAUUCUAACCCUAUAGCAGAUCACUGUUUUGAAUACCCAGCUCAUCCUGACGAUUAUAAUUGGUCAACGCUCUUUCCAAAAACCAUAGAACAAGAGCAAAAAAAUAAACAGGUUGAAUUUCUCGAUGUUGGAUGUGGAUAUGGUGGACUCCUAGUGACAUUGUCUCCUUUAUUCCCCAAUAACUUAAUGCUGGGGCUUGAGAUAAGGGUAAAAGUAUCAGACUAUGUGAAUGAUAGAAUUCAAGCAUUGAGAUCUCAACAUCCAGACCAAUUUCAAAACAUUGCAGUUUUAAGAACAAAUGCUAUGAAAUAUUUACCCAAUUUUUUUCAUAAAGGACAGCUGAAAAAAAUGUUUUUCCUGUACCCUGAUCCUCAUUUUAAAAAAGCAAAACAUAAAUGGAGGAUAAUUAAUAAAUGGUUGCUCUCAGAGUAUGCAUAUGUACUGGCUGAAGAGGGAGUUAUUUAUACAAUAACUGAUGUAAAAGACCUUCAUGAAUGGAUGGUGAAACAUUUUGUAGAACAUCCAUUAUUUGAAAGGAUCUCAGAUGAAGAGUUAAAAUCUGACAUAAUUGUUGAUAAAUUAUAUGAAAGCACAGAGGAAGGACAAAAGGUGACACGCAACAAUGGUGACAAAUAUCUGGCUGUAUUUAAAAGAAUACCAGAUGGUUACAAUCCUAAUUAAAUAUGAACAAUAAAAUUGUUUACUAGCCAUACUCUUGUUUUUCUCAA